AUGGCCCCUUGUGGCAAUUGCCUCAAGCAUGAGCAACCCGAGCUCUGCGUGUAUCUAGACCAGAACGGUCAAGUGCGUAGGAAACAAGCUUCUGCUCCUCCCAGAGCAUCGAAUGCGUUGACCGAAGAUCGAGUAGCUGCGCUUGCGGAUCUCGAAGGUAGAAUGCAGACAAUCGCCGAGGAGGUAGUCAGACGCCUUGGUUCUCUUGGUGGUGGAAGCCUUCAAGAAUCUGCGAAGCAGCUGCAGACAGACCAAGGUAGUGCCAUUGGCACGGGCUCACCUCCGGAGGCACCACAGUAUCAGCAAAUGUCACCAGGUCAUGCGACACCAGCGACUGUUGCUGCAGAUGUUGUUGGUGCAUCCGUACACAUUGGUGCCGAGUCACUAGCCUCGAUACUUGUUGACACCUUCAAAUCUGUUCGUCCUAUGGCAGCUUCUCCACAAUCAGGCGACGGGAUUGGUCUGUCCCGACGGUCGGCACACGAGACCAUGAAGCUGCUAUACAUGACCGAUACAGGCUCUACACACCCUUUUACAAGUCUUUGGAAGCCAGGAGCUACAGUGGAAGACAUCUGCCUUGCCCUGCCAGACAAUGAAACCUUCGAGCAAUGCUUGGCUUCCUGGAAAUCAGUCAACCUUAUCUCCCCGUCCGUUCCCUUGCCCGAGUUUGCGGAGGACGCCAGGGUCUUUUGGAGUGAACGCUCUAAUGGUGAGAAGAGAGAAAGUGAUCUUCGGUCUACUUCGUGGCUCGCACUUCUCUUUUGUGUUCUCGCUGGCGGAUGCUCGUACAGCAGUGUCCAUCGGACCGAUAACGACCUGAACUCCAGAGUCUUUGUCUGCUGCGCCGCCGAGCUUCUACGGCUCGACAACUAUCUUCUUCAACCAACGAUCGAUAAUGUGCGAGCGUUGGCCGGACUGGCGGCCACUCUACGCGUACAGGCCAAUCCCGCUGCAUCAUGGUCAUUGCUAGGAAUGGCCAUCCGUGCAGCGCAAUCCCUAGGCAUACACUGCGUGCCGCCACCAACCAAGAAUUCCACCGCCAUCGAGCGACAGUCUUGGAUGUUGUGGCAAGGCCUCGUAUGGCAGGAUACCACACUUUCGCUGUGCUACGAUCGGCACCUAGCUGCUUUCGUAGAUGGCUCUGUGAAGCGAAUCCCGCGGCCCCCUAGCCCAAAAGGAUACCCCUAUCUGGAGAGCUGUUAUGGACUGUCGAUGAUAAUGAACGACAUAUACCACGAAUGGGCACAUUCUAGGCGCGCCUUCUUGCGCACUCUCCCAGCAAUACGCUUCCAAGUUGCGGCGGAGCAAAUCCUUCUAUGGGAAGCCUCUGCUGAAGAAUACUUGCGGAACCGUGCCAGCUGCAAAGACGACGGCCAGCGUCUGCUUCACGAUGUGUUUCAGAUCUUUGUCAACUUCUUCAUUUUUCAGCUCCAUCGCCAUCACCUGGCUACUCCAUCGUUGUUCGCGGAUGGACUACGAUCUACAUCUCCUUUGCCGCUAACGACAUGGGAAACCCAGGGAGCUACUGCCAGUGAGGCCCAGAAUUUACUGUGUAUGGAUCGUUGUGAGACAAUCCUUCGCCGUUUCAUGUCUCUACGGAGGGCGCAUCAUCAAGCCAGUCGCCUGUGGAUCCUUAUGCAUAUCUGUCUUGGAUGCGCGUUUUACCUCGCCAGCCAACUGAAGAAGAACUUGAAUAGUGCCAGAGAUCAAGAAGCCGAACCCUCGGAGCACUAUACUAGUGAGAAUCAGGCUCGUCACCGGCUUUUACGUGAUUUGGCCGAGGAUUUUGAGCAGAGUCUCCCUUACACGAUGCAUCCGCACCAUCUGGACUUUCUGAACGCGCUCAAGCACAUCAUAGAAAUAUGA